AUGGCCGCUGCAAAGGAUAUCACCGGUCAGAUGAUGAAGAUAUAUGCUAAUAGACCAAAUAGGAAGAACUGGUUCGACGAGAUAAUGCAUGGCAAACCCCAGCCUGAAAAAGAAAGCCCUUAUUUUGGUCUCUCCUCUGCUAUCCAAAUUGCUCUACAACCGUUGCCUAAUAUUUUCCUAGGGAUCAUUGACGCCCUUAUAUUUGGAGUCGCAGGGGGCCUUUUCACCAUCUUCAUUCGUCAUUUCACUCCUGUUAGUCGGCUUUUCACGGCCUUCGAACAAAACCAUCCCAUCGACUAUGGUUGCAAGACUGAGACUGGUAAUAAUAAGACCCUCAGCACUCCAGCUGGCGCUACCACAAAGCAUGACAUUGACCCAGAAACCUAUUGCGAAGAGAUGACCCUGGAGGAAGAGAUCAAACACUGCAAAAUCAGAAUGAAAGGAUACGAUGCACGCACAGACGAGGAGCAGAAGUGGCUCAACGAUUAUUACGCAAAAUCUGUCAGGAUCUCGUGCAGAGAGGAUAUCAAAAGACUGCGGGCCAAGUACGGACGAGAGAAAGCUCGCUGA